AUGGCCGAGCAGGACAUCACCAAGUAUCUCACCCAGACCCAUGACCGCCUCUUCGAGCACAACAAGAUCUGGGCCGCCGAGCAGGCCAAGAAGGACCCCGAGUUCUUCACCAAGCUCUCCGCCGGUCAGACGCCCGAAUACCUCUGGAUCGGCUGUGCCGACUCGCGCAUCCCCGCCGAGCAGAUCACGGGCCUGCAGCCCGGCGAGGCCUUCAUCCACCGCAACAUUGCCAACCUCGUCUGCAACAUUGACCUCAACGUCAUGAGCGUCAUCAACUACGCCGUCCGCCACCUGCACGUCAAGCACAUUAUCGUCUGCGGCCACUACGGCUGCGGCGGCGUCAAGGCCGCCAUGACCCCCAAGGACCUCGGCAUCCUGAACCCCUGGCUGCGAAACAUCCGCGACGUCUACCGCCUGCAUGAGAACGAGCUCGACCAGAUCAAGGACGAGUCCAAGCGCUACGACCGCCUCGUCGAGCUCAACGUUGUCGAGCAGUGCCGCAACGUCAUCAAGAGCGCUGCCGUCCAGCAGUCCUACAAGGAGAACCAGUACCCCAUCGUCCACGGCUGGGUCUUUGGCUUCCAGGAUGGCCUGCUGCACGACCUCAAGAUUGACUUUGAGUCGGUGCUCCACGACAUUCAGAAGAUCUACAACCUCAACGAUUAA